AUGAGUGGAGGACUGAUUGUAGGAAUGAGUGGAGGAAUGAUUGUAGGAAUGAGUGGAGGAAUGAUUGUAGGAAUGAGUGGAGGAAUGAUUGUAGGAAUGAGUGGAGGAAUGAUUGUAGGAAUGAGUGGAGGAAUGAUUGAAGGAAUGAGUGGAGGAAUGAUUGUGGGAAUGAGUGAAGGAAUGAUUGUUGGAAUCAGUGGAGGAAUGAUUGUAGGAAUGAGUGGAGGAAUGAUUGUGGGAAUGAGUGAAGGAAUGAUUGUUGGAAUCAGUGGAGGAAUGAUUGUAGGAAUGAGCGGGGGAAUGAGUGAAGGAAUGAUUGUAGGAAUGAGUGGAGGAAUGAUUGUAGGAAUGAUUAUAGGAAUGAGUGAAGGAAUGAUUGAAGGAAUGAGUGGAGGAAUGAUUGUAGGAAUGAUUAUAGGAAUGAGUGAAGGAAUGAUUGAAGGAAUGAGUGGAGGAAUGAUUGUAGGAAUGAGUGAAGGAAUGAUUGUAGGAAUGAGUGAAGGAAUGAUUGUAGGAAUGAGUGAAGGAAUGAUUGUAGGAAUGAGUGAAGGAAUGAUUGUAGAAAUGAUUAUAGGAAUGAGAUAA